GUUGAAUUUCACCACCGAUUCACGUAACACUUUAACGUGGUUGUGAACUUGUUGAAAAGUACGAUUUACAUUUCGACUUAUAAGCCAAUCUUCCCCACAAUCCCUAAAUUUUCCAAGGUCAGGGGCGCACGGCAGAAUCAGCCCCCGGCUCAAAUCCCCAGUACGGCUUCAAGAUAACCGAUUGCAGCAAGUACUGCGGCCCCACAGGCUCCGCAGUUAACGGCCCCACCCUGUCUUUCAGCAGCUUCAGACAGUCACUCACUUCCAAUGUCAAUUACUUGAAACGAAGGUUCAGCUCCGGGGAUCUAUCCUCGGAGUGCGACGACACUGAGGCUCCGGUGGAUCCCUACACCAGAAAAACGCCGCCAGUGACGUCGCAGCCCCAGGCUCCACCUCCACCUCCUCCACCAGCUAGUCAAGGCUCGUCAUCUGUCAGCUCGGGCAUCGGAUCAACAGCAACCUCAGGCUCUGCUUCUGGUUCCGACCUAUCCCUGAAUCUUCGAAGCGGUUCCAAAACUACCAGUGCACCAAGUAGUCCUGCAAAAUCUAGGGAAUCUCUCUUGCAGAGGGUGCAAUCCUUGACAGGACAGGCAAGAGAUCAGGGAGCGUCUAUAUUAGGAGCUGCAGUUUCUAGUGCAACCCGGGUUACAUCAUCCGUUUCCGGUCGGUAUCUUACCCUGCUGGUAAUUGAUGAUCAAAACACAGACUGGUCCAAAUACUUCCGGGGAAAAAGGAUAGGAGAGUACGAGAUUCGUGUGGAGCAAGCGGAAUUCAGGGAAAUAACGGUUACUGCAAUCGCUGAGGCUGCAAGUGUUUCCAUGGCAGUCAUGAGAGGAGGUACAAGGGUGGGGAGGUCCUUCAGGCCAGACUUUCUGUUGGUCAGGCAAAAUCUCAGGGACGCAGGGGAGGACUACAAGAAGUUGCUCCUGGCUCUCAAAUUCGGAGGAGUACCCAGCAUCAACAACCUGAAUGCUGUCUACAAUUUCCAGGAUAAGCCAUGGGUAUUUGGCCAUCUGGUCCAACUACAAAGGAGACUUGGAAAGGAGAAUUUUCCACUUAUCGACCAAACCUUCUACCCAGACCAUCGAGAAAUGAUAAUGGCUACCAAAUUUCCUGUUGUCAUUAAGAUAGGCCAUGCACAUAGUGGCUUGGGCAAAGUGAAAGUAGACAAUAUCAACGACUUCCAAGACAUGGCGAGCGUAGUGGCCGUAUCUGACACCUAUUGCACCGUUGAGCCUUACAUCGACUCGAAAUACGACAUCCACGUCCAGAAGAUCGGAGUCAACUACAAGGCUUUCAUGAGGAAAUCCAUUUCCGGUUCUUGGAAAACGAACAUAGGCUCAGCCAUGCUGGAACAGAUCACCAUGCCUGACCGAUACAAAAUGUGGAUCGACGAAGUUUCUGAUCUGUUUGGUGGGCUGGACAUAUGCGCCUUAGAGGUCGUAGUUGGCAAAGAUGGCCGUGAAUUCAUUAUAGAAGUCAACGAUAGUGCGCUGACACUUCUUGGAGAUUCGCAAGAAGAAGACAGACGGCACAUCGCUGAUCUAGUUACAUCUAGAAUGCAGGCGAUUUGCCGACCAAGAACUCCACCUGGUAAUAUGGAGGAACCAGUACCGCCACCUGUUGGACCCCGUGGUAUUUUAGGAAGUCUUAGUAGCCUGACACAUUCGGAGACUCCACCUCCAGCCCCGGAUCAGGUGUCGUUGUCUAGCAUCGGUAGAAGAGAAAGUCAAACAUCCCAGAGCAGCACAGUAAGCUCUGGUCGUCUUCCAGACCCUCCACCUAGACCCUUCCAGCGUCAAGGUAGCCAACAAUCAAACCCUCCACCAGAGGAUACAGAAGAUACCAUGAAGAACCUCAGGAAAACAUUCGCUGGUAUAUUUGGGGACAUGUAAAAACCAGCAGUUUGGAAAAAUCUCCAUUUCACUCCUCUACAAGCUGAACUUGUGGACCAAAUGGGUCCUGAUACAGAAUAACUUAGAUAAUAUAGAUUUUAAUGCUCAAAAUUGAAACAAAGACAACGUUAUUCGGAUUUAUAUAGAAACAUGUUAAGCUAGCUUGGGUUGAGUGAAAUGGAUAACAAUUAGAAACCCUUGAUGACUCCAGAAUUAUUCAUUUAUAUUUAAUUUGUCACAUAUAAGAUAGUUUUUAUCGAUUCUUCCAAAUUUCUCAUGAUUUUCGUAGAUUUGGUAGACAAAUUUUGAUGUUACCAACACAGUGCCCUCAUAUUUUCUAAAGGGAAAUACUCACCUCUCAAGAAGACUGUGGUGUAGUACUCUUAAAAAUUAUAGUCUUAGUUGAAUCCAAUCUGGUCACUUCCGACAGAAUAUUUCUUUCCCAUCAUAGUUAAACUAAUUUCAAAAGAUUACUAGCAUAUUGAGACAAAAAUCAAAAUAACCUCAAAUAAUGAAUUUCUUUUGAAUUCAACAUUCCAUUCAAAUUUUAAUAUAUUCAAGUUAUAAUAUCACAUAAAAUAAUAUACAGAGUGGCUCACAUAAAACAGCCCAACUGUAUAUUCCCAUUAAUUAGUUUUUCGGGAGCCCUCGCAAUUCUAUUUGUGAAUUUGCCAAAAAAUAUUUCUUUGACAUUCGUUUUGGUUUAAUGAAGUAUUUGGAAGAAAUAGAUGAAACUCUUGUAAAAUUUUAGUUAGUCAUUUCAUUACAUGAUAACACUAUCGUCAGAUGAUGAUCUUCUAGAGAAGUAGGUUGCUAGAAACUGCAAAGAUUGCUAGUAAAAUUGAAUAGGCAUUUGAUUGACGACUAAGAGCAAAUGACGAACAAUUUCAAAAUAUCAAUGCUUUGAGUUCGAUCAUUCAAUGCUAUUCAAACAUUACUUCUAAAGAGUUUUUUACACCGAAACGAACGCCAAACAAAAUUUUUUUGAGUGAUCCACAAAACCUUCAAAAUUUUUAGUCUCUCGACUCUAUUGCCAUUUAAGAUUCUUAAGAGGGAACACCACCACGUGGUUGCUCAAUUCAAACCGAAAUCAGAGAUAUUUCUUCUUACCAAUCGCCGAUUUCUAUGGGGUUUUCACAUAAUUUCCUUAAGAAAUUAUCUA